ACAUAGGAAAAACAUAAAUCCGUGGGCCUGGUUGGAGUUUAUUAAAGUAGGCGAAGUGGGUGGCUUUGUGAAUGAGGUGGUAGCUAGCUGGUGAAAGAUGGGAAGGGCGCCAUGUUGUGACAAGGAUGGAGUGAAAAGAGGGGCAUGGAGUCCGGAAGAGGACCAGCUCUUGCUCCACUACAUCAACAAGCAUGGCCAUGGAAGCUGGCGUACCCUCCCCAAGCAUGCUGGUCUCCUUCGAUGUGGAAAGAGUUGUCGGCUUAGGUGGAUAAACUAUCUCCGCCCCGACAUCAAACGCGGUCCUUUUUCUCCCGAGGAAGAGGAUACCAUAAUUCAGCUUCACGGCAUGCUUGGAAACAAAUGGGCUGCGAUAGCAUUAAAAUUGCCAGGAAGAACAGACAAUGAGAUUAAGAACUUUUGGAACACCCAUUUAAAGAAGCGGCUCCUUAGCUCAGCCCAUGGCUCAUGGCUGCACAAGCUCUCCUCCAAAGCUGAGCCAAUCAAUGUCAAAUCUGAAUACCCUUCAACCCGCCACAUGGUACAGUGGGAGAGUGCCAGAGUUGAGGCUGAGGCUCGCCUGUCAAUGGAAUCAUCACUGCUCAACUCAUCAUCAUCAGUAAGAAAGACUGAUGACUCUGAUUACUUCCUGCGUCUAUGGAAUUCUGAAAUUGGAGAAUCAUUUCAGAAGAUCAGAGGAAAAGAUGGUGGAGUUUGUCAAAGCCCUGUCUCUCAAAAAUCCUCUCCCACCAAAUGUGGUUCAGGUCCAGAUAUCACAGAACGAGCAAAAAACAUCAGGAGCAGCGCCUUUGCCAACAUAACUCCAGAGCAAGAAGAUAGCUAUAGACCAAGCGUAGACGACAUGGUGGGCAGCUCAGAUUCUCUCACCUCUUAUGAUCUCAUUGACUCUUCUGAUACAGCAUUAGAGCUGCUGCUUGAUUUCCCAGAUGGUGAUGAUGAUGUUUUUCAACAGUAGAUGUGACUAAAAUUGCCUCUUCCCCAGUCUUGAGCUGCAUGGGGUGUGGUCGCCAAACCAUGGGAAGAGCAGUAGUUUUUAAGGUAAUAGAUAGAUUGGUUUCCUAAUUUCACACAUAUAUAGCUCAUGAUUUUCUGAAAAACUAAGGAAAAAGAGAGUAAAACUUGUCCUCUCUUUGAUUACAGCUGCUUAAUGAUCAUAUCAGUCUACAGGAAAGAACAGACUAGAAUAUUUAAUAGAUAUGAAGUGGUGCUAUGUCGGAGAUGCUUUACUUCAAGAAUAUAUGAUAUCGACUAAGUUGUUGUCUUUCAA